CUGCACAUGUUUGGAGACACUUCUGGGGCUUCUCAGAUGAAGUGGAAAUCUCACUUUACUGUAUAAGAACUACAAGUACCCUACUUUGGUGCAUAUUUGUCUAAAAACUGACUGAGUUUGAAGAACAAGCACAGAUCUGCUAUACAGCUUUUACCUGUUUGAAAUAAAUCAGCAUAAAUUUGAAUCAUUUUUUGAUACAUUUCUUGACAGAUUUCCUCGCAGCCUUGUGGCUAACACAAAGAACAAGAAUAAAACUUUUUAGAUACGCGAUCUUUAUCACAGAAUAAAGAUUUCACUUCGUUUUGGCUCAAACCUGAUGAUUUGAUGUCAGUUUGGAACCUCAUUUUAGGCCAAAGGUCAGUGGGUGAUUAAAAAAGGUUAAACAAGCAAGAUCGCGAACACUGACCCGGACACAUCAGAUUUGGAGGUCAAAGGUCAGACAGACAAGCUGGAUUAUCGAUACGGACUGGCAGCUGUUUCCUGAGGGACCUGCGGUGACAGAGAACAGACGACAGAGAUUCAGAUCAAGAGGACAGACAGACCGAGACGCCAUCAUGGGCUGCAACAUGUGCGUGGUCAAACGUCCAGAGGAGCAGUACAGGAUCAUGUUCCAGCAGAAAAGCUGGAGUAGCUCCCUGCGGCCGAUGGACAGACACGGAAACGUAAAGCUCAGAGGAAGAAGACCCUCUCAGCUGCCGCUAGACCGAUCACAACACUCCCAGGAGCCUUUGAGCCAGUCUGGGCUGGGGUGCAAAAGUCACAGGAGGAAAGGUACGUUGGUGUGCGGAAACGGGACGGUCAGCUCCUCCGUCUCUUCUGUUGCCAUGGUAGCGAUCCCUGACUGUGUUGACAAUGCAACGCAGACUGACAUCAGUUUCCAGAACACUCUGACCCUGGGGAGAAGCAGAGGUCACCAUCACCACCACCCCCAUGGUGAGGGAGGCUCCUCCUCUCCCCCACCACCUCCUCCAUCACCUCCCCUCCCUCACCUGGCAGUGCCGUACGAGAUCAAUGAGUUCUGUGUGUUUGAAUACAACGACCCCAAUGACUACUUUGAUGUAUCCAACCACGAGGUGGACAGGCAGGAUGACCUGGAAUAUGAGGAGGUGGAGCUGUACAAGUCCAGCCAGCAGGAGAAGCUGGGUCUGACGGUCUGCUACAGGACGGAUGAUGAGGAGGAUCUUGGCAUUUAUGUUGGGGAGGUUAAUCCAAACAGCAUCGCAGCCAAGAACGGACGCAUCAGAGAGGGCGAUCGAAUACUGCAGAUUAACGGCGUGGAUAUUCAGAACAGGGAGGAAGCCGUGGCCAUUUUGACCCGAGAGGACAGCAUCAACUUCUCCCUGCUGCUGGCCAGGCCCGACAUAGAGAAUGAAAACCCCAUCGAUCCAGAGGAGGACAUGGAACUGACUCUAGAGGGAGCAGACUUUCCUUCAAACCCACACAUUUCAUGCUCUCUCAACUCCUCUCAUAAUACUGGCUACUACCGCCUCCACCAAGGAGGAGAAGGCAGGUCAUCCUUUCCUUUAGGAGGAGCAGGGGGAGGCAGAGACGGUGAGGUGGAAGAUGAAGAGGAUGAAGAAGGAGAGGACGGCGAGCGAGGAGAGAAGGACGACAAAGAGCCACCGGUCCCCCUCCCUCCUCUGCUGAACUUGGCACCUCUGCUGUCCAACAGCCAGGAGCUGGACAGCGGGGUGGGUCGGACAGAUGACAGCACCCGCUAUGAGGAUACAUCUGAACAUGACCUGCUGGGUGAUCAGACCAGUGCCUGUAACACCAACACCACCAACACACCAGGCAGCACCAGGAAGUUCAGACCUGGACCCAGCCCCAGGCCAAGUCCUAGACCUAGUCCUGGCCUCGGUCCCAGCCCUGGGCAUGGUCGAGGAGACGUCACCCCUCCUUUCCUCCACCUGCGCGAUCUCCAGCUCAGCUCUGACUCUCUCCCAGGUCUGGACUGGGGAGCUGGAGGAGGAACAGCAGCAGCAGCGUACAGUCCUCACCACCAUCACCACCAUAAGCAUUACCACCACCAUCACCAGCCUCUGACAAUGACCAUGAUGAUGCCGGGCCUGACGGAGGAAGAGUGCCAGCGUUACCAAGAGCUGUUAGAGAUCAAAUAUCAGUAUGAGAGACAUUUGGAAAGACGCCGGAGAGAGCUGGAAAAGGAAACCACUGAAGCAGAAGUUAAAGGCCGAGAGGAGGGGGACGAGGCAGCAGAGGAAGCUGAAGGCACAGCUUCUGAAUCGGUAGUGGACGUGAACAGCAAAGAGAUGCCAAGUGAGCACGAGUUGGCGUUGAUCGAGGAGGAGCUGCGCCACCUGGAGUUUAAGUGCCGCAACAUUCUCCGAGCGCAAAAGAUGCAGCAGCUCAGGGAGAGAUGUCUGAAAGCCUGGAUGAUGGAGGAGGAGACGGUGGCAGGUGGAGCGGGCCGACCAGGACCCUCUGAAGGAGAUUUGCAUAACGAGGAUAAUGACGAUCCUCAUCACCACGAGUUGUCAGCCAUCAACGAACUCCCGGAGCGCGAGCGAUCGGAUGACAAAGACAGCACCAGUGCCUACAACACCGGAGGGGAAAGCUGCCGGAGCACGCCAUUGGUCAGCACCGAGCAGAUCCCGCCUCUUCAGGAGGAUGAAGAUGAAGGAGGCAGACGCCUGACCUCUCCACCUCCGCUCCUCCCCCUCAGUCGCCUCCCCCCUCUAAACUCCCCCCUCACGCCUCGACGUCACAGGAGGGACCGAGACAGAGAGCGGCGUCACUCAAACCUCAGCUGCUCCUUCUCCCCGAGCACCUACAGGAAGUACGAAACCUCCAAUGGAAACUUUGCAAACGGCUCAAGCUCCACCCCCUCUACGCCUUCAAAGUUCAGAUCUCUGACCAGAGAAACGGGGUCAGCUUCUAGGAGGGGUAUGGCUGAUGGAGGGCGGAGCUCCAGAGCAGGUGGAGCCCCCUACAGGCCUGAAGGUGGAAGUGCAGAGUCGAGCCCCUAUUUCACCCGGAGGCAGCACAGACACAGCAAACCGUUAGAGCGCUAUCAGAGCUGCAUGACCCUGCCCUCCGAGGGUCUGGUGGACCCUCUGGACCGAGUGAGAGACAGCGGCAGGGCAGACGGGGAGGAGAGGGGGGUAGCCACAGGCAGCAGUGGGCCGGCAAGCCCCAGGAGUGUGAACAGCGCCCCCUGUGGCCUGGAGGACCACCGUGCAGGUGCCUCACGGUUAGGACUGGCCUUACCUCUUGGACUGACUCACUCAUCACCAAACGCGUCUCCACAGCGCAUGGAGUGGAAGGUAAAGAUUCGCAGCGAUGGGACUCGUUAUGUGGCCAAGCGGCCGGUCAGAGAUCGUCUGCUGAAGGCCAGAGCCAUGAAGAUCCGCGAGGAACGCAGCGGCAUGACGACAGACGAUGACGCUGCCAGUGAAAUGAAACAGGGUCGAUACUGGAGCAAAGAGGAGAGGAAGCAGCAGCUGCUGAGAGCUCGAGAGUACAGAAGAAGAAGAGAGUUCAUGAUGCAGAGCCGCCUGGACUACAUGAGAGGAGACAGGGAUCUUUUGUCAUCAACAGGGGGCGCUGAAGAGCCCCAUUUAUCCCAGAGCCUCCAGAUUAAUGUGCAGCAUAACUCUCCCAGCAGCAACAUCCUGCAGCUGAGCCAGAAGAAAAUCACAAAGAGGAGGAAUCGUCGCAUUCUCGACAACUGGAUCACCAUCCAGGAGCUGCUGGCUCACGGCUCGAGGUCACCGGAUGGAAAGAAAAUUUACAACCCUCUGCUGUCUGUCACUACUGUGUGACCUCAACAAGGAGACCAUGGAAACACACAGUGUGGACCUAGAAGCUCAACGCUCUUUUUUUGUGGAGUUAAAAACGUGAACACACCAGAAAGAGAGAAACUUAAAGAAUUAUAAACAAAGGUGGAUAAGAAGAGAAGAGACUUAAAACAGAAACAUUUGGCCUCACAGGAGGAAUCCUCCGAGCAUGAAAAGGAAAGAACAGAGAUGAGUGCAAACAGAGAAAGAAGCUAACAAUCCUCUUCACUUUCUGACGUCACUUC